AUGUAUCCAUCAAAUACUAAUAACGGCAUGGAAAACGAUGAGUUAAAUGCAGUUCACACACAAAUCAAUCAGAAAACGAAUGAAUCAUUGGAAUCAACACGUCGCAUGCUCGGCUUAGUAGCCGAAUCUCAAGAAGUCGGCGCAAAUACAAUGAUUACACUUGAUGAACAAGGUGAAAAACUCAAACGAAUUGAAGAAGGUCUUGAUAAUAUUCAUGCUGGCAUGACUGAAGCUGAAAGAAAUUUAACAAAUUUACAAAAAUGUUGUGGACUAUGUGUUCUACCGUGGCAACGUGUUCGUCAAACUUAUCGUCCUCACACAAAUAGUAGUACUGCAUUUAGUAGUGAAACGUCAUCGCCAACAACUGCUGAACCAAAAUUACGUAUGGCAAAUGAUGAAGGUAUGCCUCAAGGUGGCUAUAUAACUCGUAUUACCAAUGAUGAUCGUGAAACUGAAAUGGACGAUAAUUUGCAAUUAGUUAGUAGUUAUCUUGGUAAUCUUAAAAAUAUGGCACUUGAUAUGGGCGAAACAAUCGAAGGUCAAAAUAAAGUGAUCGACCGUAUUGCGGAAAAAUCUGAAGUUGGAAUAGUUCGUGUAGAUGCUGCUAAUAAACGAACAAAAGAUUUAAUUCGUCGCGCUUAA